AUGUCACCUCAUGUUGUGCUUUUACAAGUCACUGGUCGUCAAAGUGCCGAUAAUUCUUCGUUGAAAUACGGAGCAAUGUAUGAAGAAACGAAGCCACGUACAAUCAGAGCUCAAUUUGACAAGGCAGAGUACGAAGAAAUGUUGAACGAGCACUAUGAAACGUACUCUCCGAUGAUUUCUCAACAAGUAUUCAAGAACACCAUAAUCGACACUUUACGAAGUAAAAAUUCAGAAAGUUUGAAUUCCGAUUUCAUUUCACUGCAAGGGAAUAUCGUGAUGGAUAAACUAGCUACACAGUCUGAAGAAGGGAUUAAAUUAUGGAAAGACAUGGAAAAAAUAGGAAGAAAAUUGGAUCCGACGAACGACAGAAGAUAA